GGUAGAAUUGCUUACUUCUUCGAUUGUUCAGCUUGCACAUCUCAUGGAGAUUUGCCCCCUCACCGUGCGGAAAGUUGCCGCCCAGCGGGGGGAGUCACCACCCACGCAACAGACUCCAGCUGUUACGAGGAUUCCCACCCCGAUGCACACCCAUGGAGCUGCAAAUUAUUAAGUAGGUCCUUCUACCAAGCCUUUCACACGAAAUAUGCAUGGGAUCACAUAGAUGUACGGUUCCUAGAUGUAGACAUUUUUAAGCUAAACUUUUUGAAAACCUUCAACAAGCAUUUUGUGAAUACCUUCUCUUUGUUCCUAUCCAUUAAUGAGAACACACGUGCAGAGCCGACCAUCAACUUGGCUGUCAGCAACUUCCCACGAUUGACUGAUCUGCGCCUGUACUGUCGGAAAAAAAACAACAACUAUAUAUUUGAGGGGGUCCACCCGAUGGUCUCCAGUCUACUAACCAGGAAAGCGGCAAUUACGCAGGGAGAAGUGCAUAGAGAAGGGAAGAACCCGAAGGAGGGAGAUGCCCCAAACGACAAACACGAGCAUGGGGAUGGCAGUGCCCCUGGAAUAACUUCUCCGAGGGAGCAGCGUGAUAACCGGUGCAACCAAUCCCCGGUGGAUCUCCCCCAUUGGGACUUCGAGCUUAGCGACCUUUUUUUGUACAAUCGGAUCCAAUUGGCGAACCAAUUUGAGCACCUAGAACGGCUCGUGUUGGACGUGAAACUCAGAGGAGAUGAACUUCUCCCCUUCGUUGGAAAAAUGACUAACCUGAAGGACAUAAUCCUGAGCAAGCUCCUAUACACGGACAAGCUAAACCGGGCUCAGUGCAUAACCAUAUUUACAUGCUUCAUUGAGCAGAUAAAAAAAAAUAAUAUUCGGGUGUUGCAACUUGGGUUGUUCUUCACUCGUGAGUACAAACCGACUGACUAUCUAGACAAUGAACUAUUUCGAAAAAUUGUAAAGGAUAGAACGGAACUCACCUCCCAUGCGGAUAAGGAGGAGGGGGACGAGCUUAUAUACGUCCUUCACAAGAACCACUUGCAUUCGCUCUACUGCCUCUGGAGCAACGACCUCUUCAUCUCGUUCGACAUGUACGAGCGGAUUCGGACCUUCAGCAACCUGAAAAUAUGGAUCCUGCCCGGCUGGCGCGCGCUUUCCCUCGUGAAGCAGUAA